UGAUAAAAGACACUGGAUGGCAGCAAUAUUUUGUGUAAGUCUGCGUGAGCACAGACUGUGACACGCUGUGCGAAAUCAGAGCCACUGUGAAUGAGCGCGACUACUAUAAAGAAGAAAAUAGCAGAUAGCAGAUCGGUGUCGUUUACCAAGAGCUGUGGGUCUGAUCAUUUGAGUGCCACUCGGAGGCCAAUAAUUUCUGCCACUGGAAGACCGCUGAGGUCGAUGCGAUGAGCUGCAUGGAUGUGAUGUACCAGCCCUACUCUGCUGCCUACUUUUCGGGCUAUCAGCGGCCAAGUCCCGGCACAGGUGCUGCUAAUCUACCUUCAACAAGCGGCUAUUUCCUUGGGGGGCCUUCGAGCCCCCAGGAUUACCCACCUACGGCUUCGUUCGAACAAAAGCCCGACAUUUUGCAGUUUCAGAAGUUUAACAGUGGUAGCAUCCAACACAAUCCUGUAAAAGAACUUCACCAUCAGCACCAGCAGCAUCAACACUACAGUACGCCUUCACCCCCUCAUACAACUCAUACGGGUUCGCCAGUGGCAGGAACGUCAUCUCCAAAUCGCCUCGCACCCAUUGACCUUCCAUCGACGACAUCGUCCACUCUAUCUACUAUUGUUUCCGCAGCUUCGUCUGCGCCCGUGUGCGCCACGCCGCCUGAGUCGGCAGAAAGCAAAGAGGAUGUAGGCGAAGCCACCUAUGUUUCAUCGAAGUGCAUCAUAAUCAAGUACUUCAAGACGGAUGUAGCAUCUGCCCUUGAUGACCACUUUCAAAAAGCCCUUGCCCAGGCCGGAUUUGGAGGGCCAAGCCGUCGAAAUGAUGAAGAUUCCACUGAUUCAAAACCACUUGCACAGCGGAAUCUUCCAGCGUCGUUUUUCUGCCCUUCUCAGGCUCUACCCGUUCCUCUUUCCACUCCAACACCAGUAACAGGAAUUCCCAGCUGUAGCACAGCUGCCGCCGGCGGGAGCGGUGGCCCUGCUUCGUACCCACCAUCACCAUCAUCCACAUCAUCCUAUCCCCAAUUGGCGCCACCGUCGCAAUCGAGCCCGCAACUCGGAGUUUCUUCGCCGUCAUCUCAUCUUCAGGGGGCACAUUCGCCAUCACAUCCAAAUCACCUAGGAGGUCCAUCGCCGUCACAACUGACUGCUGGAACAGGCAAUGGCCCUUCUCCGUCGUAUCUAUCGCUUGCGCCGACAUCAUCAAGUCUGCCGCUUUCUUCUGAGUUCUAUAGCGCGUCAGCGCCGUCAACGUCCGUCGCUUCGAUGGCAUCGGUUAGCGAUUAUGAUCCAUGGUCACAUUACAUGUCGGCAGCGAGCUAUCGAUGCUCAGGCCAGCUAACAAGUCAUGAGCUACAGAGUUACGCGGCCGCGGCAAAUCGACAUCAAUUCGCGCAGCAUCAGUACAACUCUUUGCUGGGGCUAGGCAGCCAGCAGUCACGUGCGACCUGUUCUGCUGCAGUGCCUGUACUCAGUGUUGGUGUUAAUGAAAAGGUUAUAGAUUCCUGGGGUCAAUCGGUAGCGCGUUAUCAUGAACAAAUUCACAGCAUGAACAUGGCAAGCGUCGGUGCUGUGGCCACCCACAGCACACAUCCUUCAAAUGGACCCAUCCACCCAGGAGCCGUAACCGAAAGCGGGCAUCCUUCGGGACAUCCGAGCUACCAUCCAGGACACCCUGGUUAUGCGCAUCCUAUGAGUGCGGCAAUGACUGGUUUAGAGACGACAGCUGAUACCAAGGACGUGUAUUGGUUUUAAUUCCUGCUAGAGCGCCUAUAAUGACAGAUUCUUUCCCAUAAAUACAACAACAAAGAGAAUUACAGCGAGGGCUCUAGGGACUGACUACAUGCAAGUUGUAUAUAAUUGAAAGUAGCAGAAUGACGAUUGUACCUAGUCUGUAUAUACUGUUAUCAUUUAUACCUACAAUUAUUGGCUCAACAACUGAAAGUGAAAGAAUAUACAUAAUAAAAAGCCCUGGAUAGCCGAAUUAACAAGUUCAUAUUAGUCUUUAUGGUGACACACGAGCCUAAAUUGAUAUUGGCAGUGUCAGAUUGAAAAGCGUAUUAGACAGUUUUUUUUUACAGCCAGAACGUAUGUAAAUUAUUAUUAAAGGUGAAAAAUUAUUGGGUAAGCAAAUAGUUACAUGCCGAUGUUCCCGCCUAAUUUUGUUAAUUUUAGGACGUCAAUGAAAAGACGGUUUAUUUACACCUAAUAUACAAUGAGGUCAUUGUUAUCCGUUAGCCUAAGGUUUCGGUUGUUCGGCUUUUGGCGAUAUAGAGCUGUCCUAUGAAGAAGCUGAUGGAAGCGGAUUUUUUUAUUAUAAUGUCUUGUCGAAAAGAGUGAUGAGAACUGCUGAUUAAAAAUGCAACAUGCAUACACCUUCGGCGAUUCUUACACAUACACAUAUACAUAAUCCGAUUUAUGUCUACCUAGUUUGCCCUAUAAAAGGUUGGUUAUCAGUGCGCGCCCAAACAAGCUAUAACUGCCGAUAUCCAUACAAGGGCAGUAAAAGAGCCUACAAAUGGAAACUCGCGCCACGCGUGAAAAAAACUAGCAAACGUUUAAACAGAUUAAAGUUAACGGAACUGUUUAAAUAGAUUUGUACGUGCAGGUUGAUAUUGAACUCUCUCGUAGCUUUAGGCACGAGUUUCAUAAUGACCACCUCAAGCAGCGCAUACUGAAUUACAGUCAGCAAUCUAUUCAAAAAUGACUCAGAUCGGUCUUUUUCACCACAGUAAUGACCAGACUUUUAAGCUUGAUUGCUUACAAGAACAUGGCCAAACGAAAAAGGAAAUGGUUAACUUAGCAUGACCUCCUUACGGCGAGACUAGGCAAUGCUAGUCUCGCCGUAAGGGGGUCAUGCUGCAAACUUGGUAUAGUGGGACAGUGUGAUCUCAUACAAGCGUCCGACGAACACAAUAAGCGUUGCGGCAAAGUACCCUAAAAAGUAAGCUGUAAUAAUUAAGAACCAUCCUCACUCAAACCGACACGGAGUUGAUAAAUGAGUGGUACUUCAUUUUCCUUCGAGCUCGGUCUUCUCUGCACAGAGCUCGUACGCUUUCGAACAUUCUAAAUCUUCUCCAAUCUUUACUCAUUCGAAUGAUUAUAUAUAUACAAUAAGCUAAUAUAGCGGAGCGUGGUCGCGGGUUUCUGGAGGAACGACAUUAGGAACUUAGCAUAGCCGUUAAGCGAAGGUGACCAAUAGAAAAUAAAAAAAAAGACGGAUCAAUCAAUAAAUGCUCCUAUGGCAAUAGUUAUGCUUAUUCAGGUAAAUUACUUAUAUUAGUUAGAAAUCGGCAUCCGCUUAUUUGCUAACCCAACAUUUGAAUAAAAAAAGUGCAAAAGAAGCAAUAAUAUAAAAAGUGACGGUUUCGCUAAUAACGGCAUAAGUCGUGGCCCAGGUUUGAAUGUGCGCGCGUCUACUAGCUUUGGUCUCUUCAGUAAGUUCAACUAAUUGCAAUAGCAACAUAUGUUGAUUUCUACUAAAAGAUCAUUCAGGAUACGCAAUUCUUAUUAUUUCUUAACCUCUGAGACACUUGAAAACGUGAACGCUGUUUGAAGACGAACUGGCUCAUUAUAGCACGCUAUCUAGAAA